AUGGAAAAAAGGAAUGAGUCAUUGAAUGUGGAUUUCAUCCUUUUGGGUCUUUUUCCUGGUAUGAAACAUGUCAAUAUCCUUGUUGCUGGCAUCCUCCUGAUCUACAUUGUGGCUCUUGCUGCAAAUUCCAUUCUAAUUCUUCUCAUUUGGGUGGAUUCUCACCUCCACACACCCAUGUACUUUCUGCUCAGCCAGUUGGCUCUCAUGGACCUGACACUAAUCUCUAGCACAGUACCGAAGAUGGCAACUGACUUCUUCUCAGGAAGAAGAAACAUCUCACUGAUGGCCUGUGGGACUCAGAUCUUCUUCUUUCUGACUCUAGGAAUUGCUGAGUGCAUCCUAAUCACACUCAUGUCCUAUGAUCGGUAUGUGGCCAUCUGCAACCCUCUGAGAUAUGCCCUCAUCAUGAACCAGAGGGUCUGUCUGCAGAUGGCUGCGUUCUCCUGGGCUGGAGGUGCCCUUAUAUCAUUGGUACACACUGCAUAUGCUCUGCAUUUUCCAACCUGUGGUUCCAGAGAGAUUUCACAUUUUCUCUGUGAAGUUAUGGCCAUCCUAAAGUUGGUCUGUGAGGAUAUCUCUGCCUAUGAGAAGGCUGUGGUGGUGACAAGCAUUGUAGUACUCUUCAUUCCUUUGUCCCUCAUCUUGUCCUCUUAUGGUCUCAUUUUCCUUGCAGUCCUCCGUAUGAACUCUCCUGAGGGCAGAAACAAAGCUUUGGCCACUUGCUCCUCCCACCUGACCGUGGUGAGCCUCUACUUUGGUCCAGCUAUGGUGGUCUACAUGAGGCCUAGUUCCUACCACAGUCCCAAACUUGACCACAUUCUCUUUAUGCUUGGUGCCAUUCUUACUCCCAUGAUGAACCCACUCAUCUACAGCCUGAGAAACAAAGAAGUGGUGAUUGCUCUCAAAAAGGUGUUAGAAUGCUCCCUAACAUAG